UCAGUCUCGAUCCUGUCUCUGCCGACCUUGUUUCUCCCCCGCCCUUUCUCUCAUACUCGCAUCUUUGCUCCGCGAUUGCACUCGGGCAUAUUCGCCCUCCCGUGCUUUGGAUCGAGUCUGCCUUUCUUGACCGGUCGAGAUUCUGCCAUCGCGCCUCUCCUCCUCCUCCUCCUUAUCAUUGACAUCCUCUUCUGUCUGCUCGCUGACGUGGAGGCUGUCAGUCGCAUUUCUCGCCGUCCACUCAUCUGCAUAUUCAAACUUGGCUGCAACAAUCAGACCCAGAGGCUCCAGCCCAGCUCCUGUUGCGCCUUCGUCCGAGUCGCCCGGUCCCAUCAAUUCGGCCUCGUCAUUCCAAAUCGGGAGCACAUCGCCUGCAUUUUUGGGGGGGUCGUGUCCUUUGCCGCUCGUUACCUCCACUGGGCUCAUCUGAAUCUCGCAUCGACACACUUCAUCCUCGUUCUCGUGCCCGUCCAAGUCCAUUGCAUUGCAUCGCAUCGCAUCGCAUCGAGGCUUCCAACAAUAUUCACCCUGCGGUGCUCAACCUGGAUAGACCGCCGCUGAAUCCAACCUUCCAUCAGUCCUACGGCUGCAUCUAUCCAUCAUGAGCACUCUGCUGAGCAUCAAAGUCACCAUCACCCAGCUGGGCACCACCAAG